AUGCUGGGCGACUUCAACGCCAAGUCCACGGCGUGGGGUGGCUCGGCAACGGACACGGGGGGUCGGGCGGUGCUGGAGUGGGCGGCGAGCGCGGACCUCCGGCUGCUUAACCGGGGGUCCGUGAGCACGUGCGUGCGGUGGCAGAGCGAGUCGAUCGUCGACUUGUCGUGGGCGACGCCUGCCGCCUCGCGUCUCGUGUCGGGAUGGGGGGUAGCGGAGGAGGUGGAGUCCCUCAGUGACCACCUCUACAUCCUUAUGGAUGUCUCCGCUGCCCCUCAGUACCAUCCCGCUCGUGGACCCGCGCCGGGCCGACCGCCGCUCAGAUGGGCCCUGAAGCGCUUGGAGAAGGACGCCCUGAUGGCGGCCGCCCUCGCCGGGUCCGGGCCGGAUGCCCCGGCUGGACUGGUCGCGGACGUCGAUCAGGAAGCUGACUGGUUUCGGGAGUCAUUGACGGCGGCGUGCGACGCCGCCAUGCCCCGAGCCAAGAAGUUCCCGAGGCGGGCCGCUUACUGGUGGAGCGACGAGAUUGCCGCGCUGCGUGCUACAUGCAGCGCGGCGCGACGUCGCUUCACGAGGGCCCGCCGGAGACGGAACCGCGACCCGGUGAGGGAGGCGGCGCUGUAUGAGGUCUACCGUGAGGCCACGGUGGACCUCCAGCGCGCCAUCAGGAGGGCCAAGGCGGGCGCCUGUGGAGAGCUCCUCGGGACUCUGGACAAGGAUCCAUGGGGGCGGCCCUACCGCAUUGUGCUGGGCCGCAUGCGCCCGGCCGCCCCCCCUGUCACGGAGUCCCUCGCCCCCACCGUUCUGGAGCGUGUCGUGGAUACCCUUUUUCCGGUAGAUCCGGAGGAGGGUCCGCGGCCGCUCCUGCCGGCGGAGGCCAGUAACUGGUCCGCCAGCCUGGGGGUCACCGAGGGGGAGCUCGGGAUGGCCGUCGGGCGAAUGAUGGCCAGGAAUACGGCACCAGGGCCCAACGGCAUCCCUGGCUGA